AUGCCAGUCGAGCUUCGUAAGCGCAAAGAAGCGCCCCCAGCGCCAGUGCGCGCGGCCAAGAAGAAAGCACCUGCCAAGGACAAGAAGCCUGAAGAGGAGAAAACGGUCGUCGAAAAGGUCCAGGAAGCCGUCACAGAGCAGGUCGAAGCUGUCAAGGAAGCUGUUGUCGGUAAGAGCAACGGCAAGUCUGCGGCGGCGGCGCCUGCGAAGAGCGGCCCACCCAAAGUCGGCGACAAGAUUGACCUCGCCUCCUUCGGCGGAGAGAUCGAGACGAAUGAUGGAGACAAGACGACACUUGCGAAGCUUGUCGAGGAGAGCAAGGGCGGCGUUGUACUAUUUACCUACCCCAAGGCUUCGACGCCAGGAUGCACAAAACAAGCUUGCCUCUUCCGUGACUCCUACGAUCCCCUUACCGCAACCGGAUACUCCAUCUACGGUCUCUCCGCUGAUAGCCCCAAGGCCAACACAACCUUCAAGACCAAACAGAAGCUCCCCUACACCCUGCUUUGCGAUCCCUCACAGAGCCUCAUCUCGGCUAUUGGAUUCAAGAAGCCACCGAAGAGCACCACGCGUGGUGUUUUUGUUGUUGACAAGGAGGGCAAGGUACUUGCCGCUGAGCCUGGUGGCCCAGCAGCUACCGUCGAUGUCGUAAGGGACCUUGUGGGCAACAAGGAGGGCGUGCCGAGUAAAGAAGACGCUGAAAAGGCUGAAAAGAAGGAAGACCACGAGAUGGCGGAGACGGCUGAUGAGGUCGCUGAUAGUGCGGCCAAGGUGGAUAGCAACGAGGCUUGA